UGUGUUCUGUCUAGUAUAUAUAUACCUCCACUCCAAUACUCCUUUUACCAGUCUCAAACCUCUCUUCCCCACAACACUAACAAGUUAUAUUGAGAGUGUGAAAUCUACUACCAAUAUAGAGAAUAAGAACAAGUUUGGCACCACAAGGAAACAAGAGUUAAGACCUUAUUAGAGUGUGGAAAGCAAGUUGAAGUGAUAUUACAGAUAUAUAUUUCUAGUAGAUAAUGGAAAUGGCAAAUGAUAAAGUUGCUGAAACGGUAAUAGUUGGGAACUAUGUAGAAAUGGAAAGUGAAGGAAAACCACCACAGGACAUAAAGUCCAAGUUAUCAAACUUCUUAUGGCAUGGUGGUUCUGCUUAUGAUGCUUGGUUUAGCUGUGCUUCCAACCAGGUGGCUCAAGUUCUGCUUACGUUACCAUACUCAUUUUCCCAGCUGGGAAUGCUUUCUGGCAUACUUUUUCAACUCUUCUAUGGUAUACUUGGUAGCUGGACUGCUUACCUCAUUAGCAUACUCUAUGUUGAAUACAGAACAAGAAAAGAAAGAGAAAAAGUUAAUUUCAGAAGCCAUGUUAUUCAGUGGUUUGAGGUUCUUGACGGACUCCUAGGGAAACACUGGAGAAACGUGGGCUUGGGAUUUAAUUGCACAUUUCUUCUGUUUGGAUCUGUUAUCCAACUUAUAGCUUGUGCAAGCAACAUAUAUUACAUAAAUGAUAAUCUAGACAAGAGGACUUGGACUUACAUUUUCGGAGCUUGUUGUGCCACCACUGUUUUUAUUCCUUCAUUUCACAACUAUAGAAUCUGGUCCUUUUUGGGUCUUGUUAUGACCACUUACACUGCUUGGUAUCUUACCAUUGCCGCUGUCCUUCACGGUCAGGUGGAAGGAGUUAAGCAUUCGGGUCCAAAUAAAAUAAUUCUAUAUUUUACAGGGGCCACAAACAUUCUCUACACAUUCGGGGGACAUGCCGUUACUGUGGAAAUAAUGCAUGCGAUGUGGAAGCCACAAAAGUUCAAGGCCAUAUAUUUACUGGCUACCCUUUAUGUGCUGACACUGACAAUUCCAUCGGCCACAGCAGUUUAUUGGGCAUUUGGUGACAUGCUUCUUAAUCACUCAAAUGCUUUUGCUCUUCUUCCAAAAUCACCCUUUCGUGACAUGGCUGUUAUUUUAAUGCUCAUUCAUCAGUUUAUAACAUUUGGGUUUGCAUGCACACCAUUAUACUUUGUGUGGGAGAAAACAGUAGGGAUGCAUGAGUGCAAAAGUUUAUGUAAACGUGCAUUGGUGAGAUUGCCAGUGGUCAUUCCAAUUUGGUUCUUAGCUAUUAUAUUCCCUUUCUUUGGACCCAUCAAUUCCACCGUUGGAUCUCUACUUGUUAGUUUCACCGUUUAUAUCAUCCCAGCCCUUGCUCACAUCUUCACCUUUAAAUCAUCCUCUGCUCGACAGAAUGCUGUGGAACAACCUCCCAAGUUUGUUGGAAGAUGGGUAGGAACAUUUGUGAUCAACGUAUUUAUAGUGGUGUGGGUCCUAAUUGUGGGAUUUGGAUUUGGUGGGUGGGCCAGUAUGGUGAAUUUUGUACACCAAAUUGACACAUUUGGACUCUUCACAAAAUGUUACCAAUGUCCUCCACCAACACCUUCUGUUCCAACCAUGCCACCUCACCAGAUGAACGCCACCGCGCCUUCACCGCAUCACCACCACCACUGAUAUAUCAAGCAUUGUAUUGUACGAUCUUGAUGAGGCUUCGAUGAAUCGAUUAAUGGAUGAUGAGAUGUAUGUGUUCUACUUGCUAUAUGGAGAAUGGUAAAUUAGAAAAAGUACUUGAUUUAGUCGCAUCCUGCAUUUUUAUGUAUUGGUUGUGUCAUCAAUUUAUUAUAAGCCAUGUAUUAAUCCUUCUUCAAUUUCUUUCUAUUUAUAGCUUUAAGGUA